AUGAGAUCCUCUCUUCUCUUUGGCCUGGCCGGAGCCGCCUCCGCCCACUUGCCAAACAUCGUUAAUGAUAUCGUCAAGCCAGUUACCUCAAUCACUCCAAACAUCGUCAAUGAUGUCGUCAAGCCAGUUACCUCGAUCACUCCAAUCGUCGGAGGAACCGUCGGAGGAAUUAUCCCAGCAGUCUGCGAUCUGACCGACACCUGGGACAACCAUGUUCUCUUCAGCGGAAUUGUUGGUGCUGCGACUGAGACCUCCGCCGCCGUCUCACUUGAGCUGGUUUUGAACCAAGCUCAUGUUGAGGGUCAGAUCAGCUUGGCACCACUUGAGAACUUCCUCGAAGAACCCACCAUUCGCCUCAACCUUGCUAGCUUCCAGGCCUACGUGGAUGUUGAUCUCUCAGCCUCGGCCGGUGUUUUCCAGACCGUCACCCUCAUUGCUUCACCCGAACUUGCUAUCGACCUCGGCGUUCUUGAGAUUGACUUGGGCGCUGCCUUUGCGCUCGAUCUCGUUGUUGGUGUCAGCGCUGCCGUCGAUCUGUCUGCCGGAUUCUACAUUUCUUUCUCUGAGGGUGACUACAUUGAUCUCUCUGUAGUGACCAAGCAAGUCCGCGGCAGUGUCCUCACUGGACUUGGUGUCAAGGCCCUGCCUCUCACUGUUGGUGCUGCUGUUGAUCUGUCUACUGAUAUCGACGUUCUCCUUGGUCUCCGCCUUAGAUCCCAUAUCAGCGUUGGUGCUGAUGUUGAGCUGCUUGGCCUUGACCUCCUUAACGCUGGUGCUGAGAUUGCCAUCUGGGCUGACUUGGUCCAGCACAAGAUCACUCUUGGCCAGACUAAGGAAUGUGCUGUCUCUGUCGGCAACGAGUUCGGUCUCAACGUUGGUAUUGCUGUCGAGGCUGGUAUCAACGUUGCCGAUAUCCUCGAUAUCAGCCUUGCUCCUACCGUCUCUGUCCAGCUGGCCCGCGCUGAUAAGGGUGUUGCUUGCCUGUCCGGCCGUGACGGCAAGGAGAACCUCGAUGCCACUGGCGGUCUUAACUCUCCUGCAACUCCAUCCACCAGUGGUCUCGCUUCUCCUUCAUCUCCAUCCAGCGGUCUCACUACCCCAAGCACCCCGACGCCUACCCCCAGCGCCUCUGUCACCAGCGUUGGCAACGGCAGCGGCUUGGUCACGAGUACUAUCAGCAGCACUACCACCUACACUGUCACUAGCUGCCACGUCUCCGUGCCUAACUGCCCUGCAUCUCAGACCCAAGUCAUCGUCACAUCAGUUGUUCACUCAACCGUGACCGUCUGCCCUGCUACUCAGACCGCUUUCCCUACGACGACUCCUGCUUCCGCCGUGAGACCCAUCCCCACCAUCACCGAGACUCUGACCACCAUUGUGCCUUGCGAGCCUACCUCCAGCACCUUCACGCCCCCUCCUGGUGCUACUGCUACUCCCGCUCCCACCGUCACCAUCAGCGACACUGUCACCGUUUGCCCAUCCCAGGCAUCUACCCAGCACCCAGUUCCUUCCGGUGGCCCCUCCGCUAGCCCAUCAGUCUCUGUCCCUGCUUCCACUGGUGUUCCCACCACCCGAUCUUCAGCUCCUAGCGUCCCUGCCGGUGAGGCCCCUACUGGCGGAGCUCCAUCUGGCCCAGCUCCAACCGGCCCUGUCCACACCCCCGGUGCUCCCGUCCAUACCCCUAGCGCUCCUUACCCUUCUUCAAACAACACCUGGACUAGCAUCUACAGCCCUCCUGCUUCGGUCCCUGCCACUUCGCUCCCAGGUACCGGUGUUCUUCCCUCAACUACCGGUGGCAACUCGCCUGUGCAGCCUUCCGCCACUCCUUCCGGCAUUACCUCGUCGGCUGGAUCCCUCAAGGUUGGAAUCGCCAUGGUCGUGCCCCUUAUUUUGGCUAUGCACCUGUAA